AGGAUCUCGUGACAGCCCUGAAAGUUGCAUCCACAGCAGCAUAGCGGCCGCAGCAACAAUGGCCGCCUUCCGUAGACUGGCAUCACUGGCCGGUCACAUUCAUCGUUUCUCGGUGUCGAGAAGCGAAUUCGCCGCUCGUUUAAACAGCUCCAGGUCACGGAGGUGUCUCUCUUUCGGGCUGUGCCUGGCGACGGGAGGGGCCGUGGCACUUUACUUAUACGAGGAUGUGACCAAGCGCAGAGGCGGGAAGAGAAUGGGGACUCCCAGCAUCCACAGCCUGCUGCCCUCCAUCCCCGCCGUCGAAGCCACGGAGAAGGCACAGUCUAUGGACUUUGAGGAUGGAGAUGUGCACAUGUCGUCCCACGAACACCGCUUCCGGUUGUUCAGCUCUGUGGAAUAUGAAGGGCAGCUGUACAUGACUCCUCAGAAUUUCAUUGAGUCUGUCACAAUGAGUGAGCCAAGAAGCAAGAAGCCCUGGAGGUCCCUGACCAAACAGGAGCUGGAGAAAAUCCUAUCAGACACUCCCCCUGUAUGGAGAGGAUCGUCCAAAUUGUUCCGCAACUUGAGAGAACGAGGCAUCAUCUCAUACACAGAGUACCUGUUCCUGCUCUGCAUCUUAACCAAGCCCCAUGCUGGCUUUAAGAUUGCUUUCAAUAUGUUUGAUGCAGACGGCAACCAGAUGGUGGACAAGAGAGAGUUCAUGGUGCUUCAGGAGAUCUUCCGGAAGAAAAAUGAGAAGAAAGGGAGGAAAGGGAAUGCUGAGAAGUCUGCACAGUUGAGUAUGCAGCUGUAUGGAUAUCAGGUUGCCCCCAUGAACAGCGUGCUUAAAAAAGACAGUCAGGAGUUUGUGGCGCGGAGUUACUGGGACGUUCUGAGGCGAGGCGCCAGCCAAAUCCUCUUUUCUGACCUGGCAGAGGAUUUUACUCUUGAGCGCGCAGAUGAGAAUAUAACCAUUGACACCACCCUACUGGUCCAUUUUUUUGGGAAAAAAGGGAAGGCUGAGCUCACGUUUGAUGACUUUUACAGGUUCAUGGAUAAUCUCCAAACUGAAGUGCUGGAGAUUGAAUUUCUGACCUACUCCAAAGGGAUGACUACCAUCAGUGAAGAAGACUUUGCCAAGAUCCUCUUGCGCUUCACCAAUGUGGAGAAUAUUGGCGCUUACCUGGAAAAUGUCAAGCAAAGCAUACCUGAUGAAAAGGGAAUCACAUUCGAUGAGUUCCGUUCCUUCUUCCAGUUUCUCAACAACCUGGAGGACUUUGCUAUUGCCAUGCAGAUGUACAAUUUUGCCGCUCGCUCCAUCGGACAAGAUGAGUUUGCAAGGGCAGUGUAUGUGGCCACAGGUCUAAAGCUGACACGUCACUUGGUCAACACUAUCUUCAAGAUCUUUGACGUGGAUCACGAUGACCAGCUGUCUUACAAGGAGUUCAUUGGCAUCAUGAAGGAUCGGCUGCACAGAGGAGCCAGGGGAUACAAAUCAAUGGAGCGAGCCACCUCCUUUAAAUCCUGCCUGAAAAGGGAACUGGCAAGCAGAUAAAUGAAGGGGCAUCACCCACAUCCAUGAUACCGCUGAGGCCAAGAGAAAGUGAGCUGUUGCAUGUUAAGAGGAACGAUACAGGCGGACAAAUGGAGGACAACCAUUAACAAACCAAGUCUGAAGCUUUACAACAGGACCAUUUGAAAAGCUGAAUACAAACUGGAAGAAAAAAAUCAUCAAUAUACAGUAUUAGUUAUUGUCUAUUGAUGUUGUUUAUACAUAUACUGCACUAAUAUAUUUGCAUUAUUAUCCUGCCCACUGUUUAUUUCCUCAUUUUAUGUCAUACUCAUCUCGAUUUAUUUGUACAUUAUCUUGUUUGUUUUUAACCUAUAUUAUGCACACCAUAUGUUUAAUGUUAUACCAAGUGUUAAAAUUUCAUGAUCGUGCACAAUACAUAUUUAUUUAAAAUACAAAACACUUCCUGAAGUGUAAAAUAAUAUUUUCCAAGGUAAUAAAUUAAUCAUAAUAUAUUUCCUAUGUAAGAACUUUUUUUUCCUGUUAUAUCUGACCUACUUUUAAUUGAAGAAUAAAUAUACAUCUGCAAUGUACAAACACGUUGAGGCACUUUCAAUACAAGACGAUUCGAUAUUUGUCUUUCAAUAAUUUACAACAGGUCGAGAAAUGUACAUAAUAAAUCAAAUCCUCAUACAAAACAAUAGUAAAAGUAAAUAUAAGAGAAUAGACCAGUGGUUCUCAAAUGGGGGUACUUAAAGGUAUGCCAAGGGGUACGUGAGAUUUUUUUAAAAUAUUCUAAAAAUAGCAACAAUUCAAAAAUCCUUUAUAAAUAUAUUUAUUGAAUAAUACUUCAACAAAAUAUGAAUGUAAGUUCAUGAACUGUGAAAAGAAAUGCAACAAUGCGAUAUGUGUAGAAAUCUUUAUUUA